CCUCUCGCGCGCUCUUCCGGUUUGCUGUCAUUGCUGCGCGCUGCUCGCGUCGCGUGUCCUCGAUAUAUAAACAUUACUACGCGACGCUUACACUGCAAAGUAGCAUUUUGCGCUAAUGAGCACUUAUGUAUUGUAGUCUUUGCACUCAAAGUAAAGCUUUAGUUAUGUUUGCUUGUGUAAUUACACAGCGGUUACGUCCCGUUGUGUGUCUGGGCUCAGUGCAGAGGGCUUUGAUCUCUCAGGCUGUCCGAAGCUUUUCAGAUGCUCCUGCAACUACGAAAGACUUGAAUAAACCUAUAAAGCAGUGGGAAUUAUUAGUUAGUCCUUACACAAAGGUCAGAUGUCAUUUAGGCUGUAAUAUAUCCAUAAAACCACUGGAUCCACAUGCUUUUCCUGAAGCUGACCGGGCUUUUAUUACUGUGCACGUGAUGGAUGCGAGUCAAACUCUUAAUGUGGACAAAUUUAAUGUUCAUUAUGAUGUUCAAAGCAAUGAACUUCAGAUUUUGUCCGAUGAGGUGGAUAGCAAUGUCACUGUUGAACUGACAGCACCUAUUAAAUGUGAUCUCCACAUCAAGACUAAAGACAAAGGCAAUGUGAAGAUCAAGAAUAUGGAGAGUGACCUCUGUCACGUGCACACAGAGAGAGGACACUGCGUCCUGAAGUCUGUGAAGGGUCAUGAGGUUCAAGUUCAGUCCACAGGAGGAAAUGUCACUGGACUCAAAACCUUACAUGGGAAUGUAGAUAUCAGCACAUCUGUGGACAGUAAUAUCGAUAUUAUGAAAAUUCAGGGAACCACCAUGAAUCUCUCCACAGAACAUGGGGAUCUGAAAGUGAAGGCCAUCUAUGGCGAAUCCACCUCACUGUCAACUUCCUCCGGGAACAUCCAGAUUGGCCAUGUACACGGUGAAGCUCUUGUUCGCAGUGAAACAGGAAACAUCGCCAUUGACAGCUCAAGUGGUGCCCUGAAGGUGUUCACUGUUUCUGGAAACAUUCAUGCAUAUGUGGGAGAAGAUGGAUCUGCAGAACUUCACAGUCAACAAGGAGCUGUUAGUGUGCGUGUGGCCUCCACUAUGAAGACAGCAGUGCGGUUGUGUGGAAGCUCCGUUAGCAUUAGCUCAGAGAUAGUCUGUCAAGAGACUGAACGUACUUCAGCUGAUGGGAAGACAACAGUCACGGCUCAUUUGAAUGGAGGUUUGUAUGAAGAACAAUGGAUCAAAGCCACUGCUGAUAAAGGUGCUGUGGACCUGAGAAGCCAGAGCUGGUUUGAGACUCUCAGAUUUGGAGCUCAGAGUUAAAACCUGCACAGAAACACUGGGGACCAAAUACAGAACUGACAGAUCCUCGUUGCCGGUUAUAACCCACUUCAGUGAAUGUUUAUUGUGGAACUUGCAUAAAUCUGUCCAAAAAGACUUAAAACCAUGUCUCUCUUGACAUAAGAGUGGUGAAUGCCUCUAAAUUACAUGUUUGAAACUUGAUGCAUGUCAUUUUAGAGGUGGGGUUGUGGGAAAGAUACAGUAUGCAACCAAAGAUGGCAGCAUAUCCUGAUGGAUAUUUUCUGUCUUUUUCAAGUGGUGGUACUCAUGUAUUACACCAAUUGCAAUAGUAUAACAUCCUGUUACGGUAUACCAGAUUAAAUGUUAAAUAGUUCCUACACAGUUAAAAAAACUGUACUAAAUAAAUAAAUAAACAAUUCAA